CAAAACAAAAGCGAUAUUUUUCAUCUUCAUUUCCUUCAUGCUUCCAUCUUCUGUACCUUCUGAUAGUUCUUUUUUAAAAUUCUCUGAACAAAAAGGAGGAAGGAAAAAAACCCCUAAAACCAAUUUAUUUCUCUCCUUUUUUUUAUGGUGAUUCUUUCCAAAUAUGGAAAUUAAUAUUGUGUUUAUCGUAAUUUUAAUAGUAAUUUUGAGUGCUGGGUUCGUUUCAGCUGGGGACAUAGUUCAUCAGGACAACGUUGCUCCAAAGAGACCUGGGUGUGCUAAUAACUUUGUUCUGGUAAAAGUCCCCAUCUGGAUUGAUGGUUUAGAAAACACAGAGUAUGUUGGUGUUGGUGCUCGUUUUGGACCUACUAUGGAAUCGAAGGAAAAACAUGCAAAUCAUACCAGGCUUGCACUUGCAGAUCCUCCUGAUUGCUGCAGCAAACCUAGGAAUCAGCUUACAGGGGAGGUCAUUCUAGUGCAUCGGGGUAACUGUAGUUUCACUGUGAAGGCAAAUGUUGCUGAAGAAGCUGGUGCUUCUGCGAUCCUCAUAAUAAACAACCAAACAGAACUCUUCAAGAUGGUUUGUGAAUCAGAUGCUGAUGUAAAUAUAAAAAUACCUGCUGUCAUGCUUCCUCAGGACGCUGGUUCCAAUUUGGAAAAUUAUAUAAAUAAUAACACCAGGGUUUCUGUUGCGUUUUACUCCCCAAAGCGUCCGGCGGUUGAUAUUGCUGAAGUUUUUCUGUGGCUAAUGGCUGUUGGUACCAUUUUGCUUGCUUCUUAUUGGUCUGCGUGGACUGCUAAAGAAGUUGCUAUUGAGCAAGACAAGCUACUAAAGGAUGCAUCAGAAGAAUUUCUACAAGUGGGAAGUGCAGGUUCAAGUGGUUUUGUUGACAUAAAUACAAUGUCAGCAGUUCUCUUUGUUGUGUUUGCUUCAUGUUUCUUGGUCAUGCUUUACAAGCUUAUGUCAUUCUGGUUUGUUGAGGUCCUGGUGGUUCUCUUUUGCAUUGGUGGAGUAGAGGGUCUGCAAAUGUGCUUGGUGGCUUUGUUAUCAAGUUUCAGGUGGUUUCAACGCUUUGCAGAAUCUUUUAUUAAAGUGCCCUUCUUUGGAGCUGUUUCCCAUCUUACACUGGCUGUUUGUCCCUUCUGCAUUGCAUUCGCUGUUGUUUGGGCAGUGUAUCGACGUAUCUCCUUUGCCUGGAUAGGUCAAGAUAUUCUUGGUAUUGCGCUUAUAAUCACGGUCCUUCAGAUUGUUCGUGUACCAAAUCUCAAGGUUGGAACGGUUCUUUUGGGUUGUGCUUUCUUGUAUGAUAUCUUCUGGGUCUUUGCUUCCAAAUGGUUGUUUCAUGAGAGUGUGAUGAUAGUGGUAGCUCGUGGUGAUCGGAGUGGAGAGGAUGGCAUACCAAUGCUACUAAAAAUUCCGCGGAUGUUUGAUCCUUGGGGUGGUUACAGUGUUAUUGGAUUUGGAGACAUAAUCUUACCCGGACUGCUUGUGGCCUUUUCACUAAGAUAUGAUUGGCUCGCAAAUAUGAAUCUUCGAGCAGGCUACUUCGUAUGGGCAAUGACUGCCUAUGGUUUAGGUCUUUUGGUCACUUAUGUGGCCUUGAACCUGAUGGACGGGCAUGGCCAACCAGCUUUGCUUUACAUCGUUCCUUUCACACUUGGGACCUUUAUUACAUUGGGAAAAAAGAGAGGUGAUCUCAAAACUCUGUGGACACAAGGAGAACCGGAACGGCCUUGCCCCCACUUGCAACUUCAGCCGUUACAACAAAAAGAUUAACGGUAAUAAACCAUGAGAAACAAGUAUCUCAAAUGUCAGCCAAUUUUAGUUUCUAGCAGAGAAGCAGUUGAAAAAAAAUGCUCUUUUUAACCUUUAGGUUGUAGAGAAGAAGCAUGUAAUAUUUGCUAUCUAGUUAUUUCAACACCUUUAGAGCUUGACCCUAAGUAAUUUUAAACCAGUUCAACUAAUCUCUAAGAGAUUUUACCAUUGAUUCUGUAAAUCUAUGAUCAAAUGAGUUUGAAAUUAGCCUAAAACCAAAAGCUAUGCUUGUUCGGUUGAGUGGUCAGAAGAUAAUAUUAGGAGAGUUUUGCUUCUCAUUUUAAGGUUUAACUUACCUCUGAUUCUCAAUCUGGCUACAGUCUAACGUGACUUUUGAAUAGCGAGGGAUUUCAGAACAAAAUGUAAAUUUCAGAUGGCUGUUUAGCCAUGAUGACUCUGGGUUGCAAGGACUGGAAAUGCCAUGAUAUUUUUAAGGAUUUUUGUUUUAA